AUGACUUCCACAACCACGCAAGCACUCGCGGGCCUCGAGCUCUCCAAGGAGACCACUGAACACAUCGACAAGGCUGACCGGGCGGCGGAUGACGGCUUUGCCGACAUACCCUUGUCCAAGUUCGCGGCCAUGCCCACCAGUCAGCUCAUUCGAAAGUUCUGGAGACUGUAUCUGUGCGGUCUGAGUGUUUCGCUCGCUGCCAUGUACAUUGGGUACACUGUCAGCACCCCAGGCAACGUCGUGGCCAACCAAGGUUUUAUCAACCAGUUUGGCACAGUACACAACGCGCAAACUGGUGCGCUUGAGCUCAAUGCUUCGCACAUUUCGCUAUGGGCUGGAUUCAGCUAUGUGGCGCAGAUAACGACACAGAUCCUCUCCCCAAUCAGUGGCGACCGCUACGGCCGUCGCUUCAACAUGUACUGCUUCACAAUGGCCAUGGUGAUUGCGAUUAUUCUUGAGAUCGUCGCAAAAGACUGGAAAGUGUAUCUUGUCGCCAAGGUCUUUAGUGGACUCUGUUGCGGUUUCCUGGGUACAACGGUGAUGGCGUACAUGUCAGAGAUCACCAUGCCACAGAUGCGUGGUACCUUGCUGGCUUCGUUCUCGUUCUCGUGGUCCCUUGGCGGCUUGUUCUCGGCUAUUGGACUCCAGGUGCUGGCGACCACCGCUCCCCUCGAGUACAAGAGGAUCUUCUACAGCGAAUUUGUUUUGCUGGCGAUUUGGCUGCCCCCUCUCUUUUUCCUUCCCGAAUCGCCUGCCUGGCUAGCCGACAAGGGCAAGGACGACAAGGCAAAGAAGUCGCUCCGCCGUCUUGUUGGCAAAGUCGAUGGCUAUGACGUCGACUACGAGUACAGCUGCAUCAAGGCUGAGAUGGACCAGUCCAAGGCACUCCUUGCUGCCAAGACGGACAAUGGAUGGAAGGCGUUGUUCAAGGGUUCCAACCUCAAACGCGCUCUCAUCAGCACGAUUCCGUUUACUUUCCAGAACUUUGUUGGAGUGCCCCUUGUGUACGGCAACACCACCUACUUCUUCCAAACUGCCGGACUUCAGGACGCUUUCCUGGGAAGCUUGAUUAUUAGCAUCAUUGGCAUCUUCGGCAUUGGAAUAUCCUUCCUGUACCUCGUCGAGCGUGUCGGACGACGUACCUUGGUCCUCGUGGGCUCGGGCGUGUGCAUCGUCUGUUGCCUCAUCAUCGGUGUUCUCGGCACUCAAGAUAUCAACGACCGCCUCGCCAUUGCCCUCAUCACCCUGUGCUCUGUUUGGGUGUUGUUCUACUCGUUCUCACUUGGCCCGAUUGGUUGGAUGGCUCUGGUCGAGAUUUCGUCACCCGUCCUGCGCGCCAAGACGGCCGCCAUGGCGACCGUCAUCCAGUCCUGCACCGGUGUGCUCUUCAACUACACUGUGCCCCUGAUGCUGUCGCCCCAGUACGCCGGGUGGGGGACAAAGAUUGGCUUCUUCUUCGCAGGUCUCUCCGUUCUGUACUGGAUUCCGACUUACCUGUGGUUCCCCGAGACCAAAGGACGCAGUUAUGCCGCCUUGGACGAGCUCUUUGAACGUGGCGUGUCCCCGCGUCACUUUGCAAAGACCAAGACGUCGGUCGAGGAGAGUGCAGAGGUCAUGCACCCGACCGCCUAA